AUGACCACUGGGAGCUUGAAGCAGGCGGCUGAAUCAGCUCGAUCCAAAAGCUCCGAAGUCAUGGGCGCCGCCAAACGCGAGCCGGCCUCCGUGGCCACGGACCUCCUCCACACGCCCUUUAUGCGCGCCGCCCUGCCCUUCAUCAACGGCGGCGCCGCCGGCAUGGUCGCCACGACGGUCAUCCAGCCGGUCGACAUGAUCAAGGUCCGCAUCCAGCUGGCCGGCGAGGGCACCUCGGGCGGUCCCAAGCCUACGGCCCUCUCCGUCACCAGACAGAUUGUCGGUAGCGGCAAGGUCUUGGACUUGUACACGGGCCUGUCUGCUGGUCUGCUCCGGCAAGCCGUGUACACGACGGCCAGACUGGGUUGCUUCGACACCUUUAUGGGAACACUGACACAGCGCGCCAGGGACCAGGGGCGUCAGAUUGGCUUUGCCGACCGCGCAGGCGCUGGUCUGGCGGCCGGUGGCCUAGCAGCCAUGGUGGGCAAUCCAGCCGACCUGGCGCUCAUCCGCAUGCAGAGCGACGGCCUCAAGCCCCUCGCCGAGCGAAAGAACUACAAGUCCGUCAUCGACGCGCUCUCCUCCAUCGCCAAGAACGAGGGCGUCGCCGCGCUCUGGUCCGGCGCCGCGCCCACCGUCGUCCGCGCCAUGGCCCUCAACUUUGGCCAGCUGGCCUUUUUUAGCGAGGCCAAGGCCCAGCUCAAGGUCCACACGGACCUCUCGACCCGGACCCAGACCCUCAGCGCCAGCGCCAUUGCCGGCUUCUUUGCCAGCUUCUUCAGCCUGCCGUUUGACUUUGUCAAGACGAGGCUGCAGAAGCAGCAAAAGGGACCCGACGGCAAGCUUCCCUACAAGGGCAUGGCCGACUGCUUCCGCAAGGUGGCCAAGCAGGAGGGCGUGCUGCGAUUCUACCGCGGGUUCGGAACGUAUUACGUCCGCAUCGCGCCGCAUGCGAUGGUGACGCUGAUCGUGGCAGACUAUCUCGGUUUCCUGACGAAAUAA